UUUGCUGUUGAGAACCCCACCAUGAAGAUCUCUCUACUUUUCGUCCUGUUUGGACUCAGUGGAGCACAGGGCCCAGUGUUCACAGCAACUGAAGGAGGAACUGUCACAGUGAAAUGUCCGUUCAGUACAUCUGGAAACAAAAAGACCCUAUGUAAAAAUGUCUGCAAUCAAACAGCAGACUUUCUGAUUCAGACGACUGGCAAUCGUCGGAAUAAGGGCAGAUACAGCAUUAAAUAUGAGAAGCGUUCUUCAGCUGCUUAUUUAUUAAAGGUGAGCAUAAAAAAAGUGAAAAGAUCUGAUGCUGGAGAAUACCGGUGUGUGCUGGAAAAGAAUGGGCACGUUCUAGAGCUCUAUAAAUUCAAUCUAAGAGUACGUGACUCUUUCUUUACUCCUGCUCCGAGCUUGAGCCCACCUGGAUAUCAGCAGACUGCACCACUGUCAGGUGUUGUGCUGUACACAGGUCUGUGUCUGACAGCUGUGAUCGUCCUCUCUGUCACGCUUUUCAUUUGGUGCAGAAUAAAGAGAGUCAAUCAAACCAGAGAAUCUCCCGAGUCCCCAGAAUACGCUCAAGUAGCAGAGAGUGGCAGAGUCUAUGAGGAGAUCCCAGCAGACAGAGCAGAGACUGGUGAUUUGUCCAGUGCAGUCACACACCCUCAAGUGGAUUUACCCAAAUGCAGCAGCGCCCCCCGGUGCCCAACUCCUAGAACAGAAGAGGUUCCUCUGUACUCCACUGUGUGUUUACCACAGCAGUGACUGUGAAGUUUCAGAGCCACAUGUUUAUAACCAAUCUUUAUUUAAUGUUUGCAUCAGUAGAAUUUAUACUUAACAGAAGGAGAUCUGAGGCACUCUCAUUUACAGUAAAAGUCCUUUAUUUAGGCAAAGAGGACGAGCCGAUGUGUUUUGAACACCAAAGUGGGUUUCUUUGUUCCAAAUAUGAAGAUUUAAAAAUCCACCAGGGCCCUUAGAUAUAAGAACAUGGUCACGUGAGGUGGGAGGAUCUGAUAACAUUUAUGAGAAGAUUUCUAGAGCAUGUGUUUAUUAACUCUAAUAGACUUUCUGGUCUGUCCCAGCCCCAGUGCCUCCAUAUGUACCUCUGUCACAGCCCUGCACCUGCUCAUCACACUGGACUCAUCACCCCCAUCACCCCCCUGACACCCCCAUGACCAGAGCACACUCUAAUGCAACUCUACUUCAGCCCCCCUCCCUUGCUAUUUACCACGGAUCGUGGAAAUAAAUGUGACCAUACACGAUAAAUACGAAGAUAAAUCGACUGAAGCUGUAAAACAGCCGUGAUCUGUAGACCCGCAUCACCUGAUCUCCUCAUCACUCUCCCUCACACUUUCACGCUUCAUAACACCAAACCCAUACUGGCCAUAUUUGGAAGUUCAGAAAGUGUUUCUAACCAAAUACAGAUUUUUUGUUUUAUGUAAAUUCUAUGUAAAUGUAAAGUGGAGGUGUUGGUGAAUUCAGAGCAGCUGUCACUUCAGAAGGAAUUUGUCUGUGUAAGAAAGCUUUCUGAAUCUGGCACAAUGUCCUCUCAGCAUCUUCUUAAAGUUGAAGUUACAAAAAGUUUUAAGGAAAAGAUUCAUGAAUGAGGCCCAUUGACUUUACUGUCUUUCUCUGCACAAGCACCAGACCUCCUCAGACAGAGUCCUGGUUUUUCAAAAUGAAACGUCUCUUGGAGACAAACACGCUCCUCUAUAUAAUGUUCCUGCUUGUCAGUCUUUGUUACACUUAUAAUCAAACAAUGCACAUUCUCCAAGAGUUUGUCCCACUCAGACCUUGGGAUGGUGCAGUGUAUGUGCCAAUAUGAGUUUGAUGAGCUCCUUUGAAUUAAUGGAUUUACACUAAUAAAUACAUUUCUUCAUAAUGAAUAUAACUGUAAGCCUUUGUGGGUACCCACUUCUAUUAGUGUACACACUGAAGGUCAUAUAGAUACAACUAUGAGUAGAUUGUCCUUUAUGUUGCUGUUUCUUCACAGGUCCUGUAUGUCUCCUCUGUGAGGUCAUCGUGUUGUUGUACUGUGUUGUAUUGAUGUGUGUGUUUUGUGAUGUGGCGGUCACUUGGCCUCACAUGACCACCUCACGUGACCAUGCUGAUUUUGGUGGAAUGUUAAAUCUUGUUCAGUGAAUCAGAUUUGGCCUGAAGAAAACCACUUUGAUGGUCACAACACAUUGGCAUGUCCCCUUUGCCUAAAUAAAGGACUUUUGGUGUAAGUCAGAGUUUCCUUCUAUAGUCUCUUCACCUCUGGAUCCUUGACUAGAUCAGCAGUGAUGCACUCACCCUUCAUGUUUGUUGUGAAAUAAAGGGCUUGUCAUAUAUUUUCAUUUAUAACUAUA